AACAAAUAACAAGUUCUGUAAUUUAGAGAAGAAAUAACAGUACAGCCUUUUUACGACUGCAAUUACUUCGCUACACUUCGUUUUCAACCUUCACAAUGCCGAAAGUGGUGUCCCGUAGCAUCGUCUGUUCAGACACAAAAGAUCAAGAAGAAUACAACGAGACCAAGCCUCUGCACAUUUACUACUGCAUAUGCGGCCAGAUGUCCCUGAUUUUAGACUGCACUAUCGACCGAUUGCCGCUGCGGCCGACGGACGGGGCGCGCGUGAUAGACGGCUCUAAACACGCCCAUAAAAUCACUUCAGACCCUGACGAGACAGUUUAUCUGAAGCGCGAAAAGGGCAUUGAGAGACAAUACAGGUUAAAAUGUAAAAAAUGCGCGAUCCCUAUCUACUACAAGGCGGAUCAAGACAGCAAUGUUGUUUUCAUAAUGAGAGGAGCGUUAGUACAAACUGCAGGUGAAAAUAACGUUACAGACAUGUACAAGCAAGUAGCUUUAACGCAGCCUAAGAAGAUUAUGGUUACUAAACACACUAAGAAUAUGGGCAAGUUCAGUUCGGUGACUGUUUCGACGAUAGAUGAAGAAGAGGAUGAGAUUGAGGCGAGAGAGGUAGCGGACAGUUACGCUAACAAUGCUAGGAUUAUUGAGAAACAGUUGGAGAGAAAGGGCAUGAAUAAGAGGCAGGCGGAGGCUCCGGUGCAGGUCCAGGAGAAGAGGGUCCGGGGGACUUUGAUUGAUAAAUAAAUUUGGAUAUUUAUGAAUAA